AGGCGACACCCGCCACCAGUCCCAACUUUGUGCCUGAUUAGCUAAGCCACCAGGGUUUGAUAUAUCGGCACAGAUCUUCCCCCACCUUGCUUCCUUCUCCUUCUUCGACCAGACUCUCCGGGGAUAUCACCUCAUCUUUCUACGUCGCAUUUUGACGCAGAAACAAACGAGACACCGACACACUUUCAGACUCAAGUCCAGUGAACGUCGCACCCCGCCGCCAUGCCCAAGAACAAGGGAAAAGGUGGUAAGAACCGUCGUCGUGGUAAGAACGAGAACGACAACGAGAAGCGUGAACUCGUCUUCAAGGAGGACGGCCAAGAGUACGCCCAGGUCGUCAAGAUGCUCGGCAACGGUCGCCUGGAGGCUCUCUGCUUCGACGGCGAGAAGCGUCUGGCUCACAUUCGUGGCAAGCUCCGCAAGAAGGUCUGGAUCAAUCAGGGUGAUAUCAUCCUUCUCUCGCUCCGUGACUACCAGGACGAGAAGGGCGAUGUUAUCAUGAAGUACACCGCCGACGAGGCCCGCAGUCUGAAGGCCUACGGCGAGCUGCCCGAGCACGCCAAGAUCAACGAGACCGACACCUUCGGCAACGAGGGCUUCGAGGACAACGUCGAGUUCGACGAGGACCGCGAGAGCGAGGACGAGAAGGAAAUCGACGUCGACGAGCUCUAAGCUCACCCCUACCACCCCAGAGCUCGAUGCUCUCUACCCUGCAAGGGCGCCAUGCAGAACUACACCAUGGUGCUUUUCACGUUCCGCCACCUCAUUCCUACACCGCCACUCUUGGUUUAAGCGCCGUGAUCUACACGCUCUUGAUCAACUGCAGCUUCCUUGAAUUCCUGAAGUACUCCGUCCCCGAUCGAAAGGGCAUUCUCAAGCGAAUCUCGACGCCACUCCCACCGCGGCCCUGCAUGGAGAUGAAGGGCAUCCCCCAACCUACGGCGAUGAUACGACAAUAUACCAGGGUGUGAAGACAUCGACGACAAAAAGAUCUCGACAUUUUGCAUGUUGGCCGGUAUGGUCAUUACAGACACACGUCUUACGAUCCUCUAUCAGUUCUUGCAGAGUUUUCGCGGUCAAGCUACAGAGCAAAAUUGG